AUGAAAUUUAGUCAAUCUACUUUAUUAGCUAUUUUAGCUAGUGUUAUUUCAGUUGAAGCUGGAUGUACUCAAGAUGGUGGGAACUACUACUGUUCAUCAACCAAUAAGGUUACUUAUCAAAAUGUUGGAUAUUCUGGUAGCUAUAAAGAUGUUACCAAUAUGGAUGAAAGCUCAGGUAAAUGUACUCAAAAAUCCCAAUCUUUCUCUGGUAACUUAUCUCCAUUAGAUGAAGAAUUAUCUGUCCAUUUCAGAGGUCCUCUUAAAUUAUUAAAAUUUGGUGUUUAUUAUCCAAGUGAUGGAUCAAACCAAAAGAGAGAUGAACAAGAAGAUUGUACCACCACUUUACAACAUGCUCAUCAUAAACAUAAAAGAGCCACCGUUGAAGUUACUCAAACCGUUCUUGUUGAUGGUAAUGGUAACACUGUUACUUCUACUGCUACCAAUGAAGCUUCAUCUGCUCCAGAAGAAGAAUCAUCAGAAUCUCCAUCUACCACUAAAACUGGUGAACAAAAUGUUUCUUAUACUUCUGGUACUGAAACUGCUUCUACUUCAGAAUCUUCUUCCUCCUCUUCUUCUUCUUCUGAUGGUGGCUCAGUUGCUUCUGGUGAUUGGGAAAGAGUUGCUUGGUAUGAACCAGGUUCUACUGAUAAUGUUACCUUCAUGAAUUACUACGGUGGUUCAGGUUCCGGUGUUUGGUCUGGAGGAUUUGGUAACUCUAUUAGUUAUGCCAACAAAGAUGCCAGUGGUGGUUCUUCUAAAGCUGUUGCUUUGGAAGAAACUACUAUUAAAUCAAAUGUUGAAUAUAUGAUUUUCUCUUCCCAAUCAUGUGAUGACGGUGAUGGUUGUGGUUAUUACAGAGAUGGUAUUCCAGCUUAUCAUGGAUUUGGUGGUAAUCAAAAAAUCUUUGUUUUUGAAUUUGAAAUGCCUUCUGCUAAUGAUGAUGCUACCAUCAAUCAUGAUAUGCCAGCUAUUUGGUUAUUAAAUGCUAAAAUCCCAAGAACCUUACAAUACGGUGAUGCUUCUUGUUCUUGUUGGAAAUCUGGUUGUGGUGAAUUAGAUGCUUGGGAAAUCUUAAGUGACGGUUCUGAUAAAUUAAUCAGUCAUUUACAUGAUGGUCAAGGUAAUGAUGGUACCUCCAAUGGUGGUGGUGGUUCUCAAGAUUACUUUGAUAGACCAACUUCUAACUCCAUGAAAGGUGCCAUUGUUUUCAGCGGUGAAGAUAUCUCAAUCUUAGAAGUUGAUGACGAUUUCGAAUCCUCUUUGAGUAGUAGCACUGUUAAAAACUGGAUUAACAAAUCCGGUUCAACUGCCUCUGUUGGUAACUAA